AUGCAGAGAAGCAACACCGGAGAGAUUAUCGAGAUACCCCAAGCACCAAGUGGCGGGUGUUGUUAUGAUCAUGAUGAAGCAACAAUUUUUGAAGAUGCUAAACACCGUGUGGCAUCGAAAAAUAAGCUUCUGGUUGCUAUUGCAAUAUGUACAGUUUUCAUGCUCGGUCAAGUGGUGGCAGGGAUUAAAGAAAAUAGUCUUGCGAUUCAAACUGAUGCAGCUCAUAUGUUAUCUGACAUACUAUCUUUCGCCAUCUCUUUCUUUUCUUUGUGGGCUUCAAGCUGGAAAGCCACUCCACGAUAUACUUAUGGUUUCUUCAGGAUAGAGAUCUUAGGUGCUCUUGUAUCAGUCUUGAUUACAUGGAUCGUAACCGGAAUUUUAUGCUACAAGGCCGUCGAUCGAAUUAUCCAUGGAACUGAGGGUCAUGAUGUUCAAGGAUGGAUAAUGGUCCUGAUCGGAAGUUUAGAGGACACACCACUAAUGUCAGCAUACAAUCAGCUUAUAUACACAUGA